AUCAAAUCAAAGGGUCAUAGUAAGCAGCGUGAGCCCGUGAGAGGUAGAUGACAAUGGAGCCGAGGGUUGGGGAUCAGGUAGAGCGAGGGAUGAAGAUGAAGGUGAUGGUGGCCAUUGACGAGAGUGAUGGGAGCUUCUACGCGCUUAAGUGGGCCCUUGAUAACCUCUUUGUCCCCAUGGCUGCCGUGGAGCCGCUCACGCCAGAUCCAGGCCCCCAAGGGAACCACAGCUCGCUGUUUCUCGUUCAUGUUCAGCCCACCCUUUACCCCCCAGUCUACCCCGUCGGACCGGCAGCGUAUGUGGCGCCUGCAGUGAUGGACGCGGUGAAGAAAGCUCAGGAAGAAAUAUCUGCCAGGAUACUGACCCAGGCAUUACAAAUGUGCAAGGACAAGCAAGUGAGAGCAGAGAGCGUUAUUAUGAACGGAGAUCCGAGAGAAAUGAUAUGUCAAGCUGCAGAGAAAAUGCAAGUUGAUAUGCUCGUCAUGGGUAGCCGCGGCCUCGGCACCUUCAAGAGGGCAAUUCUGGGAAGUGUGAGCGACUAUUGUGCACAUCAUGCAAAAACUCCAAUCCUGAUAGUGAAGCCUCACAUGGAGCUUCACCACAAGCACUAGUCCCGUCUCAUGGGUCAUUCCCGAAUCAGCGGUGCAUGUGUACCCCUUUUUCUUCCAGACAUACUUUUUUUUUUUAAUAAUUUCCCUAUAUAAUGUGUGUGUGUGUGUGUGUGUGUGUGUGUGUGAAUUCACAAUAUUAGCUGUUGUGUGUAUAUACUGCCGAAUACAUUAGAUUAAAAGAAUAAAGGCAGGCUUGGGAGGAAGUUUUUCCGUGUCAUUCGAUGUUGCCACAAUAUUAGAAUUGCCAAACGUAGGCAUUAUACCAGAAAGUCCAAAUGCAACACAUAAACACUCUUGUCUUGGAACAGCAAGAAGUAAAUUAAUCAUGUAGUCUUUAUAUCUCUACAAACUUUUUGUUUUUAAUGUCUGCUUUUGUAAAUAGAUGUAUUUUUUGGUGC